UGAAUACAAUUUUUUUUUUUCGAAUCUCCACUUAUGAAAGGCACCAUGUACUUGAUUAAUAAUCUCUGAAUAGAUACAUUAGAGAUAUGUCAAUCGCAGUAUAACUUUUCAACGUGACGUCAAAAAGCGCGUCGCGUCUUUUAAAAAAACAAUUUUUUGACCUUUAAAUAAUCGCGUCUUAAUUUUCUACUUCCUCUUCUUCUCUCUCUCUCUUUCUUUCUUUAUUCUUGGUAUCCUUCAGGUCCUUUACUCUCUAUUAAGACCUUUAUUGCCUUCAUCAAAACCACUCCUCUAGAUAUAAAAAAAGAAUUGAAGAAAAAAAAUGAUGUAUGUCAUCAAAAGAGACGGCAGCAAGGAAAGCGUGCACUUUGAUAAAAUCACUUCACGUAUCUCUAAAUUAUGCUACGGUUUAAACGAAGAGUUUGUCAUUCCUGCUCAAAUUGCUCAAAAGGUCGUAUCUGGUGUCUAUCAAGGCAUCACAACGGUCGAAUUAGAUAAUUUAGCCGCUGAAACGGCUGCUUACAUGACUACCAAUCAUCCUGACUUUGCUGUCUUGGCUGCUCGUAUCGUUAUCUCCAAUCUUCAAAAAGAAACAGAUGACAAGUUCAGUCAUGUUGUCUCAAAGCUCUAUCAUCAUGUUCAUCCUAAGCUUAAGGAACCCAACCCACUUAUAUCUAAAGAACUCUAUGAUGUUGUUAUGGCUCAUGCAGACAAGAUUGAUGCUACCAUUAUCCACGAUAGAGAUUAUGAUUUUAGUUUCUUUGGUUUCAAGACAUUGGAGCGUAGUUAUCUGUUCAAGAUCAAUGGUAAAAUCGUCGAGCGCCCUCAAUACAUGAUCAUGCGUGUUGCUCUUGGCAUUCAUGGCAAUGACUUGGAAAGCGCUUUCAAGACAUACGAUCUCAUGUCUUCCAAGUACUUUACGCAUGCUACACCCACACUUUUCAAUGCGGGUACACCCAAGCCUCAGCUGUCUAGCUGCUUUUUGGUUCAAAUGAAAGAAGACAGUAUUGAGGGCAUUUAUGAUACCCUGACAACCUGUGCUCGUAUCUCCAAGGCUGCCGGUGGUGUAGGUGUCUCUUUCCAAAAGAUUCGUGGUUCUGGCUCUUAUAUUGCGGGUACAAAUGGUACUUCAAAUGGCAUUGUGCCUAUGCUCCGUGUCUUUAAUGAUACAGCUCGCUUUGUUACUCAAGGUGGUGGUAAGCGUAACGGUAACUUUGCCAUGUACCUUGAACCUUGGCAUAUUGAUGUCUUUGACUUUUUGGAGUUGAGAAAGAACCAAGGUGCUGAUGAAGUCCGUGCCCGUGAUUUAUUCUUGGGCCUUUGGGUGUCAGAUCUUUUCAUGCAACGUGUUGAACAAAAUGGACCAUGGUCCUUGUUUUGUCCUAAUGAAGCUCCAGGCCUAGACCAAUGUCAUGGUGAAAAGUUCAAUGCACUCUAUACCAAGUAUGAAAAGGAAGGCAAGGCCAGAAAGACCAUUGAUGCUCAAAAGCUUUGGUUUGCUAUCAUGGAAGCUCAGAUUGAGACUGGCAUGCCCUACAUGCUUUAUAAAGAUGCUUGUAACGAGAAAUCAAAUCAAAAGAACUUGGGUACCAUUACUUCUUCCAACUUGUGUACAGAAAUCAUUGAAUACACUUCUCCUGAUGAAGUAGCUGUCUGUAAUUUGGCUUCUCUUGCUUUACCCAAAUUUGUCGAUACGACAACAAAGACAUUUGAUUUCAAUAAGCUUCAUGAAGUUGCCAAGGUUGUUACACGCAACCUGAACAGAGUGAUUGAUGUCAAUUAUUAUCCUGUUGAAGAAGCUGAAAGAAGCAACAUGCGUCAUCGCCCUAUUGGUCUUGGCGUUCAAGGCCUUGCAGAUGCUUUCAUUUUAAUGGGAUUCCCUUUUGACUCUCCUGAAGCUAGACAACUCAACAGAGAUAUCUUUGAAAGUAUCUAUUUUGCUGCUCUAGAAGCCUCAUGUGAAUUGGCCAAAGAACAAGGCCAUUAUGCAUCUUACCCUGGAUCUCCUGUCAGUCAAGGUAUUCUUCAGCACGAUAUGUGGCAAGUUAAGGGAUCUGAUCGUCUUGACUGGGCCACCUUGAGAGCCAAUAUUAAACAACACGGUGUCCGUAACUCUCUUUUGCUUGCUCCUAUGCCUACAGCCAGUACAAGUCAAAUCUUGGGUAACACAGAAUGUUUUGAACCUUACACUAGUAACAUCUAUACCCGUCGUGUCCAAAGCGGUGAAUUCCAAGUGGUGAACCAACACCUCUUGAAUGAUCUUGUUAAGCGUGGUCUUUGGAAUGAUAAUAUCAAGAACAUGAUGAUUGCGCAUGGUGGUAGUGUCCAAGAGGUCCCUACAAUUCCUGAUGAUCUCAAGAAGCUCUACAAGACUGUCUGGGAGAUUUCUCAGCGUACUAUCAUUGACAUGGCUGCUGAUCGAGGUGCAUUUAUUGAUCAGUCUCAGUCAAUGAAUUUGUUUACUGCUGAACCUAAUUAUGGUAAAUUGACUUCUAUGCAUUUCUAUGCUUGGAAGAAGGGUUUAAAGACUGGCAUGUAUUAUUUAAGAACAAGACCUGCUGUUGAUGCCAUUAAGUUUACUGUGGAUCAACUGGCUCUUAAGAGCAUGAGUUUGAAUAGCGAAGAACAAGCUCUAAGUGAAGAAGAACAAGCUAAAGUAGCACAACUACAGUGUUCUAUAGACAACAGAGAUGCUUGUCUCAUGUGCAGUGGAUAAAUAAUUUUCAACAAACAUUAACCUAUACAUAGUCAUUUAACAUACACACACACACACACAUAUAUAUAUAUACACACAUACAUAUACAUAUAUAUUUAUACAUACAAAAAGAAAAAAAAAAAAAGAAAAGAAAAGAAAUCCCAC